UUAUGAAGCAAAUUGUAAACAAACUUUGCAAAAACCAUGCAAUAGCAUUGUGUCAAAACAAAGCACAAUACUGUGUGAAAAUUUGAAAAAAUAUAAUUACAUUUUAAUAAUUAAAUAAAAAAUAUGCAGCAGCAAUAAAAAUGAAAUGAAAAAAGGCUUAACCUCAUCAGAAAGUAAAUGGCAAAAGAAACAAAAGUAAAUAAGGAAAAAAAGAAAGCCACAAAGUAAAAAGUUAAAAGAAUGUUAUGCCCGAAAGUAGGCUAUAAAAUACAUAUAUAAUUCUUUAGAACGUUGUAGCAGCAAAAAAAGUACUAAGGAGAAAAUGCCUAAAUUUAAAUUUCAAAUACGUUUCGAUAUGUGAUGAAUUUGUUUUUUUUUUUCUUUUUGUUGUAGUUUUAAUUUUUAUUAGUUCAAAAUGUUUAAAACAACUAUUAAUUGUAUUUGUUGUUUGUGCAACAUAAAAAAAUAAAAAACGGAAUAGUGCUGUGAUAUUUUUUUUUCGUUUGUGGUAUUUUUGACAUUGUUGUUUUUGUAAGGCAACAUGGCUGCUGUUGCUGGCCUAUAUGGUUUGGGCGAGGAUCGCCAGCAUCGCAAGAAACAACAGCAGCAACAGCAACAUCAGCUCGAGCAACGCGAACAGAAAGAGGAACAAAAGAAAUUAGCGGAACGUAAAUUGGCCAGAGAUCAACAGCAAUAUUUGAAAGAUCAGCAGAGGCCAUCAUUUGACGGGUCUUUACCCAAAUUGAGCAGUCAAGACGAAGAAGGGGGGGCUGGUCAUGGCUAUGGUGGCGGGCCACAACACUUUGAACCCAUUCCUCAUGAUCAUGAUUUUUGUGAAAGAGUUGUUAUAAAUGUAAGCGGGUUAAGGUUUGAAACACAAUUAAGAACGUUAAAUCAAUUCCCAGACACGUUGCUAGGGGAUCCAGCUCGGAGAUUACGGUACUUUGACCCGCUAAGAAAUGAAUAUUUUUUUGACCGUAGUCGACCGAGCUUCGAUGCUAUUUUAUACUAUUAUCAAAGUGGUGGCCGACUACGGAGACCGGUCAAUGUCCCUUUAGACGUAUUUAGUGAAGAAAUAAAAUUUUAUGAAUUAGGUGAUCAAGCAAUUAAUAAAUUCAGAGAGGAUGAAGGCUUUAUAAAGGAAGAAGAAAGACCUUUGCCGGAUAAUGAAAAUCAAAGAAAAGUCUGGUUACUUUUUGAAUAUCCAGAAAGUUCACAAGCCGCCAGAGUUGUAGCCAUAAUUAGUGUAUUUGUUAUAUUGCUAUCAAUUGUUAUAUUUUGUCUAGAAACAUUACCCGAAUUUAAGCAUUAUAAGAGUGCAAAAGAAGUCCAAGAUCUGGUGUUCAACACAACUACAAAUGGCACAAAAAUCGAGGAAGAUGAGGUGCCUGACAUCACAGAUCCUUUCUUCCUUAUAGAAACGUUAUGUAUUAUUUGGUUUACAUUUGAACUCACUGUUAGGUUCCUCGCAUGUCCGAACAAAUUACAUUUCUGCAGGGAUGUCAUGAAUGUUAUUGACAUAAUCGCCAUCAUUCCUUAUUUCAUAACAUUGGGUACUGUUGUAGCCGAAGAGGAAGACACAUUAAAUCUUCCAAAAGCGCCAGUCAGUCCACAGGACAAGUCAUCGAAUCAGGCUAUGUCCUUGGCAAUAUUACGAGUGAUACGAUUAGUUCGAGUAUUUCGAAUAUUUAAGUUAUCUAGGCAUUCGAAGGGUUUACAAAUUUUAGGACGAACUCUGAAAGCCUCUAUGCGGGAAUUAGGUUUACUUAUAUUUUUCUUAUUUAUAGGCGUUGUACUCUUCUCAUCGGCGGUUUAUUUUGCGGAAGCUGGAAGCGAAAAUUCCUUCUUCAAGUCCAUACCCGAUGCAUUUUGGUGGGCUGUCGUUACCAUGACAACCGUUGGAUAUGGUGACAUGACGCCGGUCGGAGUUUGGGGUAAAAUUGUGGGAUCACUGUGUGCCAUUGCUGGUGUCUUGACAAUCGCUCUACCGGUACCGGUUAUUGUCAGUAAUUUCAAUUAUUUCUAUCACCGUGAAACGGAUCAAGAGGAGAUGCAGAGCCAAAACUUCAAUCAUGUUACUAGUUGUCCAUAUUUACCUGGUACAUUAGGUCAACAUUUAAAGAAAUCAUCGUUAUCUGAGUCCUCAUCGGAUAUGAUGGAUUUAGAUGAUGGUGUCGAAUCAACGCCAGGAAUGACUGACAUGCAUCCUGGUCGUUCAUUGGCUCCAUUUUUAGGAGCCACCACUCAUCAUUCACAUUUAACUCCAACAGCAACAACUACUGCUACCACAACCCUGCCAGCACCGCCUCAGCAACAACAGCAAACGCCGCCAGAUAAGCAACUACAACAGCAGCAGCAACAAGUUCAACAGCAGCAACAGCAACAAAUCCAGUUGCAAAAUGGCUACACACAAUCUGCCAUCAGUGUUACUAGCGGUGGUAACAUUCAAACUCAUAGACAUAAUAAUGCUUUGGCUGUUAGUAUCGAGACCGACGUUUGACUACUGGUUGUGCCUUAAUUAUGUAUGUAACUUGUUUGUUCCUAUACAUCCCUUUACAUAAAUGAAUAAAUAAUUGCAGUUUUAUUAAUGUUUCUUUCUGCCUUUUUAUUAAUAUGGUAUUUAAACAUAAAAUAUUUUUUGGUUUCAAACAUGAACUCUUUUUUUCAACUCCCUAAACUUAAACGAAAGUAUUCCAUGUAUCGAAAAUAUUUUAAAUUGAUUGUGUUUUGAAGUUUCAAAUGACUUUUAUAUAAGUUAUUUUUCACAUAACUUAUAUAAGAGAUUUUUAAUGCAAAAUUUCGAAUAGCUUAAUAAAAAUAAACCUAGAUUUCUAACUUGACAUACAAAAUAUGAAUCUAAGUGAGGCAAUGAAUUUAAUAGCUAUUAAGAAUUACGUUUGAUUUAUUUUGCGAAUCUAAUUCUGUAAAAGAAUUUAAUAAAUCUUAAACUGUUUUAAAUAUAUGAUACAAACUACCAACUGCAGCAGUAUAAGAGAUUAUGAAUAUGUACUUUUUAAGUAAAAAAAUGUUUUUAAAUUCCCACAUUGUUUUGAAUUUGAGCUAUAUAAAAAUUUAGCUUUUAUUUUCUUUUGCAUUUCCAACAAUUGUAUUGAAAACAAUUUUGAAACCAUGAAAAUACCAAAAAAAAUCUAAAUCUAACAAUAUUUAGUAAAAAAGACGUUACGUGCUAUAUUUUGGCCUUGUACAAUACGUUGGAUGCCAGAAACGACUACCAAAGCUGUUUAAAAUUUAAUUUUAAGUAGUAAUUUAAUUAAUUUAACAAAAAAAUUAACAAAAAACAACAAAAAAAUUAAAUAAAAUAUAAAAAACAUCGAAAAAAAAUCUUAAAAAAAAUAACUAGCAAAUAAACACAUGAAAACCUGAAAUAGGUAAAAAUUUAUAAAAAAAAAGAAAACAAAAAUAAAUUUAAAGAAAAAAACAAAACGUGCCGUUCAUGAAGAAAAUUUUAAAAAUCGCAACCAUAUGAAAAAUAAUGAGGAAACAACUAUCAAGAAAAACGCUACUAAAUAUGUAUCUAGGAAAUUAUAGGAAAACGAUAUUUAUGAAAAUCCUUAUGACAAUUAAAAUUGUAGUAGAAAACAGGAAGAAAACAAACAAAAACAAAUGGCAAAAAAUAAACCAUUGCAACGAUAAUAAUAAUUUAUAGACAAAAACAAACCAUUAAACAAAUAUAUGUAUAAUUAAAAUCCAUGAAACUAGCAGUGGCUUAGAGAAUGCCUCCUACAAAAACAAAAAAAAAACAAAAACAAAGAAGCAAAAGUACAUACAAUGA